AUGUCGAGCAACAACGAGAACCUCCUCGCCGUCUUCCGGCCCCGCCAAGGCUACACGCCCGCAGCGCCCGCCAUCCUCCUGCCCGCCUCGUCGCCCACGCCCUACACCUUCACCUACCACAAGCUCCACUCGCUCGUCCUCGACCUCCAGGCACAGAUUGCCUCGUUCGGCCUCGAUCCCUCCCAGGUCGUCAGCAGCAGCCUCAUCAACGGCGUCGAAUUCACCCUCGCCUUCCUCGCCACCGGCGCACAGCGCCUCGUCGCCGCCCCCCUCAACCCAAACUACUCCGAGAGCGAGGUCGCCUUCUACCUCGAGGACACAAAGUCUCGCCUCGUCAUCCUCCCCAAGGGCGCAUUCGCCCACGCCUCGGCCGACAGCCCCAACUCCAAGCCUCACCCCGCCGUGUCGGCCGCCCGCGCCCUCAACGUCGACAUGGUCGAGAUCGAAUUCGACCCCGUCACGGCCACCGUCCAGCUCACCCGCCAGGACGGCUCCCGCGUCGCCCGCUCAGACGUCCGCCAGCCCAACGACGAUGAUGUCGCCCUCGUCCUGCACACCAGCGGCACCACCGGCAGGCCCAAGGGCGUCCCCCUCACCCACCGCAACCUCUUCACCACCAUGGGCAACAUCGUCGGCACCUACCGCCUCUCGCCCCGCGACCGCACCUACCUCGUCAUGCCCCUCUUCCACGUACACGGCCUCCUCUGCGGCCUCCUCGCAACGCUCCUCUCGGGCGGCAGCGCCGUCAUCCCGCCCAAGUUUAGCGCGUCCGUCUUCUGGAAGGAGCUCGGCGACGCCCGCUGCAACUGGUACACGGCCGUGCCCACCAUCCACCAGAUGCUGCUCAACACGCCCAUCCCCUCGCCGCUGCCGCAGCUCCGCUUCAUCCGCUCCUGCUCGUCGGCCCUCUCGCCCGCCACGUUCCACGCCAUCGAGGACGCGUUCAAGGCGCCCGUGCUCGAGGCCUACGCCAUGACCGAGGCGUCACACCAGAUGACGUCCAACCCGCUGCCGCCCGCCAAGCGCAAGCCGGGCACCGUCGGCAUCGGCCACGGCGUCGAGGUCAAGAUCCUCGACCAGAAGGGCAACGAGGUGGCGCAGGGCGUCGAGGGCGAGGUGGCCAUCCGCGGCCGCAACGUCACCAAGGGCUACCUCAACAACGAAAAGGCCAACAAGGAGAGCUUUGUGCGCUUCUCGGAGGGCACCGGUCCGGAGGAAAACGACGGCUUCUUCCGGACGGGCGACCAGGGGCGCAAGGACGCCGACGGCUACGUCGAGCUGACGGGCCGGAUCAAGGAGCUCAUCAACCGCUCGGGCGAAAAGAUCAGCCCGCUCGAGGUCGACGGCGCGCUGCUGGCCGUCAGCGGCGUGCGCGAGGCCGUGUCGUUUGCCAUGCCCGACGAAAUGUACGGCGAAAAGGUGGGCGCGGCCCUGAUCCUCAAGGACGGCAGCGGGCUGGACGAAAAGGCGGUGCAGAAGGCGCUCGACGGCAAGAUCAGCAAGUUCAAGAUCCCCGAGCGCAUCUGGAUCGUCGACGCCAUCCCAAAGACGGCGACGGGCAAGAUCCAGCGCAAGAAUGUGGCAGCCGCCAUGCUGCGCAAGGACGGCGCCAAGCUCUGA